AUUGAAUGAAUGAGUGAACUAUUCGAUAAAGUAUUUGUAGUUAGUGCAAGAGCAAGAUCAGUUCCAUUAUUUCGCCUUCACAAUACAUUGAUCGCUUCGCUAUUAACCACAAUGGAUUUGUCAAGUAAUGCAAUUAUCGAAAAUCGUGGUGAAAUUAUGACAUUAACUUUCGUUCGCAAUGUGGCUUCGAAUAAUUCAAUUCAUGUUUUGGUUGAAGCUGUAGAAGCCGCUUUAAUUUCGAUUUUUAGGAAUGUCCUAAUGUUGAAUCCAAAUGUCCUUAUAACUGAACAGGAAAGCGCUUCUGAAAAUGGCAAAAUCUCAGCUACCUGGCACAUACAAACGAAUGGUCAAGUUACAGCUCUAAAUGCAUUCUAUAGCGCUGUCGUUUUGACAUUUCAUGAAAUGAACUACAGAUUGGGUAUAAUGCAGGGUCUGAAUGACCAUGCAGAUGACGGUGUCCAAUCAAAUUGAAAUUUGAGUGCUCUGCAAUUAAAGCAAGACGUCGAGCAAAGCCGGAGAGGCACGUCGACAAUAAUAUUGAAAGAAAUACAAUGUUGUAUUGAAUGUAGAACUGAAUAGAAUUGAUUUCGAUUGGAUUUUUGACAUAAAUAUAUGCAACAAACUGAAUGAAAUUUAAUUAAUUAAUAAACAUGUAAUUAUUGAAUAGAAAACACCCAAAAAUUAUGCAAAUUAUUCACUUAAGGAACAAUAUGACUUACCGUG